UGUUGUACUUGUCAUUCAGACAUCCCAGGAAUUCAACGCGACUAGGAACAAGCCAGCUUGUCACAACAAGGACAUUUUAAGUUAAAAUCGCGUCCUUGUCGCCGAAAAAGGGUCAAGGAAAUAUCGUUCGUUGUCAAAAUAGGACAAGUAUCGAGGAAAGCGGCGGCUACUGUCACUGUGCAGUGUGGUACAUAGAGGAGGACACAAACCAUUAACGACAAGACAAGCAGCAUGCAAAUGUGAAAGCAGACAUCAGAGACACCUGCUACCCUGUGCUGCAACCCUGGACUGAGUGACAUCCUCUUCAUCCCCUUCAUCGUCAUCAUACAUGCUCUUACAUGAAGAGAGGGGAGAAACCCGAAGGAUACAGACAGAUGAGACCCAAAACUUUCCCCACCAGCAACUACAGUGGCAACAGCCAACAGAUGCUGCAGGAAAUACGGAACAGCCUGCGCAACUUGUCCAAACCCUCGGACCCACCUAAAGUGGACAUCGGAGGAGCUGGAAAAAUGCCUCCGGAGGACCCGAGGCAACAGGGGCGCAGCAGCAACCCCAAACACCCCUAUCACAAGGCCUUACAGGAGAUCCGCAAAUCCUUGUUGCCUUUUGCCAACGAGCCCAGCACUUCAGGCCCUGAGGUGAACAAACACAUGUUGCUGGAACCCCCCUGCGCUGGCUUUGACGAGAGCAACAGUCGCAGUAUGGGGGCAGUUAUAGACUACACGGGUAAGGUGAGCUACCAGGACCCCAUGAGAGAACAGAUGGCUGUUGCCAACCCUAACACUACAGGCAUAAAAGCCCCAGGACCUUCUCAUAUCCAGCAGGCUGUGCUAAGGCGGCCGAGCUGGAAAGGCUCUAAGGAGUCUUUGGCUCCUCGACAUGUUCCUCUCAUGGUGGAUGGAAUGAUGUACCGCUCAGACAGCCCCGGACCACCUCCGGCCUUCCCACAGGGUCACCCCGCUAACAGCCAGAGAGUCAAUCCUCCACUGCCGCCUCAGGUGCGCAGUGUUACACCUCCACCAAACCGCGGUGCCAUGCCUCCCACAUCGUCCUGGGACAGCAACCCAUCAACCAAGCGCUACUCCGGCAACAUGGACUACCUUGUGCCUCGAAUCUCUCCAGUACCCCAGGGGAACUGGCCUGAUGGGUACCAGUCGUCAGCGCCUCAGAAUCAGCGUGGGAUCAGCCCAGUGCCUGUUGGCCACCAGCCCAUCAUAAUGCAGAGCUCUGGGGGGAAUAAGUUCACCUUUCCCCCCAGCUGGUCUCAGAAUGGCUCCCCUCAGUCUGACUACAUGACGGGGAGCAGCAGACAGCCUCCUCCUCCGUACCCGGUUAACCAGAGCAGCCGGCACAGUCCCACUGACCAGCAGAUGCAGUCAGGAGGACCUGCAUCCUCUCCCUCUUAUGUCAAUGGUGGAAACAUCCCUCAGUCCAUGAUGGUUCCCAACCGGAACAGUCACAACCUUGACAUGUACAACCUAGGUCCUCCUCAGUCCUGGUCCCAGGCUCCUCUGAACCCCAACCAGUCCCAAUCUUCCUCUGGCAACAGCAGCAACCAGGAUCUGUCCCCAUCUUGGCAGCACAACGUGCCGGUGCGCUCUAAUUCCUUCAACAACCACCAGCUAAACAGCAGACAGGCCCACCAAUCCAGUUCCCAGCCCUCUGCCACCACGGUCACCGCCAUCACCCAGGCUCCCAUCCUGCAGCCAGUCAAAAGCAUGCGUGUCCAGAAGCCCGAGUUACACACUGCUGUUGCUCCCACACACCCUCCGUGGAUGCAGCAGCCUCCACCGCCUCCAGCUGCACCUGCUUACCCAGAACCCCCAGCCCCUGUGCCUCAGAUUCCCAUUGUAGCAGAAGUCCCCAGCUACCAGGGCCCCCCUCCACCCUAUCCUAAGCAUCUCCUUCAGCAGCAGGCUGCACCCUGCCCCCCUGCCUACGAUCCAGGGGCCAAUAAGCUUGGCACAGGCAGAGAGGAGCCCGCCGAGGAGGAGAGCGGCGGCGGUGACAGCUCCCGAGACAAGACGACGGAAAGCCCUGAAAGCACGGCAGCGAUGGAGAAGGAGAAGAAGCAAAUCACGACAUCGCCUGUUCCUGUCCGCCGCAACAAGAAAGACGAAGAGCGGAGAGGGGAGUCUGGAAGAAUCGCACUGUACUCUCCCCAGGCCUUUAAGUUCUUCAUGGAGCAGCAUGUGGAGAACAUCCUAAAGAACCAUCAGCAGAGGAUUAGGAGAAGAAAACAGCUGGAAAGUGAGAUGCAAAGGGUGGGUUUGUCUUCAGAAGCUCAGGAGCAGAUGCGCAUGAUGCUCUGCCAGAAGGAGUCCAACUACAUCCGGCUAAAGCGAGCCAAGAUGGACAAAUCCAUGUUCAAACGAAUCAAGACCCUCGGAAUCGGAGCCUUCGGCGAGGUGUGCUUGGCCAGGAAAGAGGACACCGGAGCGCUGUACGCCAUGAAGACGCUCCGCAAGAAGGACGUGCUGCUGAGGAACCAGGUGGCCCACGUCAAGGCCGAGAGAGACAUCCUGGCCGAGGCCGACAAUGAGUGGGUCGUGCGUCUCUACUACUCUUUCCAAGACAGGGACAACCUAUACUUCGUCAUGGAGUACAUCCCCGGAGGAGACAUGAUGAGCCUUCUCAUCCGGCUCGGCAUCUUCAGAGAAGAGCUGGCCCAGUUCUAUAUCGCAGAGCUCACCUGCGCUGUGGAGAGCGUCCACAAGAUGGGCUUCAUCCACCGAGACAUCAAGCCUGACAACAUCCUCAUAGACCGGGACGGACACAUAAAGCUGACGGACUUCGGCCUUUGCACUGGCUUCCGCUGGACGCACGACUCCAAGUAUUACCAGAGUGGUGACCAUGUGAGGCAGGACAGCAUGGACUUUAGUAAGGAAUGGGAAGACCCGGCUAACUGCCGCUGUACAGACCGCCUGAAGCCUCUGGAGAGGAGAAAGGCCCGGCAACACCAGCGGUGUUUGGCACAUUCACUGGUGGGGACGCCAAACUAUAUAGCACCAGAAGUGCUGCUCCGAACAGGAUACACCCAGCUCUGUGAUUGGUGGAGUGUUGGUGUCAUCUUGUAUGAGAUGGUUGUCGGACAGCCUCCCUUCCUAGCGACCACGCCCCUGGAGACACAGAUGAAGGUGAUAAACUGGAAGAGCAUGCUGCACAUUCCCCCACCAGCCAAGCUCAGCCCCGAGGCGUCGGACCUCAUCGUCAAAUUGUGCCGCAGCCCCGAGGACCGCCUCGGCAAGAACGGCGCAGACGAAAUCAAAGCUCAUCCUUUCUUCAGGACCAUCGACUUCUCCAGCGACCUGCGGCAGCAGGCGGCGCCGUACGUCCCCACCAUCGCUCACUCCACAGACACCUCUAACUUCGACCCCGUGGACCCGGAUAAACUCUGGAGCAGCGACAGUGACGGCGAGGACAACCUCAACGACACCCUCAACGGCUGGUUCCGCAACGGCAAGCACCCCGAGCAUGCCUUCUACGAGUUCACCUUCCGCCGCUUCUUCGACGACAACGGCCACCCGUACAGCUGCCCCAAACCCAUCGAGUACGAGGGUUACAACGGGGACGAGGCGGACUCAGAGGGCUCGGUGCAGGAGGCGGCGGGUAGUUCAGCGACUCAGGGCCGAGACCUGGUCUACGUGUAGCACCUGGGUCCAGCUGAGCUGUUUGUACAUAACAAGUUUGUGGAGGUUGUUUGUGUGUGUGUGAGAAGGGGAACGCAACGGUACGGCGUUUAAAUCCUCCAACAUAGGAAAGUAUGUUUGUAGGAGCAGUCAGAAUGCUCUGCAGCACAUUAACAGACUUUGAUAUCGAAACUCUAAGAGCCUGUUUACAUCUGGUACUAACAUGCUUAACAGUGAUCCUAGCACUUUUGAUCAGAUCACUCAAUACGCAUGUUGAUGCCAGAUAUGUUCACACUACAAAUUAAAGGAAUAGUUUGGCAUUUUGGGAAACAUGCAUAUUAAUUUUCUUGCUAAGAGUUACAGACUCUCAGACAGAUUCGACUCCCAUGUUUGUACGAUAAAUAUGAAGCUACAGCGAGCAGGGAGGUUCUGCUAGGUAGAUUUUUUUACCUUUGGACAGAGCCAGGCUAAUUGUUUUCCCUCGCUUCCAGUGUUUAUGCUAAGCUAAGCUAACUAGCCGUUAGCUCCAGCUUCAUAUUGACCAGAGCUGUAUCGAUAGACUCGUCUGACUCUGCAAAUGAGCAUGUUUUCCCAAAAUAUCUCCUUCAACAUGUAAAAGGUACAUUAUACGAUGUUUGCUGCCAGAGGAACAGAAAGCAGAAUAAAAUCAGGUGCUCUCUCUUCGACAACUUACCGCAAACUCCCCUUAAAGCCUUAAUUUAUUUAAGAAAGUUGUAACUGGUGACGCUAGUGUAGAUGCUGUUUGAGUGUGGGAAUUUUUUGUCGUUGGAAUUACAUUUAUCGGUUAAAAAGAAAAAAUUGUCUUAAUUUAUAUUUUAAUGUCUGUUGCAAUUGGGGAUUUAGUGUCGUGACUCAUAGAAAUUUGCAGGGAUAAAUUGCUCUAAUUAUUCAUUGCUGUGCCUUUUUGAUUUUUUUUUUUUUUUUUUUUUUUUUUUUUAAAUCUUUCACCAAAUAUAAAGAGGGUUAAUAAUCAGACUGGCAUUUAAAAAAAAUGAGAGUAGCAGUAGCUGAUUGAACUACAGUAGGUUUUUGUUUUAUUUUUCUAAUUUAUACCUAAAAAUGUAUUUAUAAAUUAACUUGUAUACAGUUGAUGUAAAUAUUUUUCUUCUCCCUGUCGGCUGAUUUUUUGUUUUCUUAGGGCAGGCCCUCAUCAGUGUCCACUACUGCUGCCUUCUGUUGUGAUGUCGUGUGCUUUUCAGUUUCUCAUACACCCCGAAAUACCUACAAACACUAACUCACAGGACUCUGAAUAGAUUUAAUUAUAUUUGUUUAACUAAACUUCUUACAACGCCAUUCAGACUUCAUGCUCGUCUCUCAACCAAAGCACUAAAUAGGUGGGUUUUAAUUUUUAUUUUUUGCAACAACCCACAUGUAGAAAAUAUCGAUCACAAGACUGUGAAAUGAGUUUGUGUCAUUAUUAACACUAUCAACCAGCUUCUAGGCACCUCACCACUUCAUGUAGCACUCAUCCCACUCUUAUAGCGUAAAACCCAGUUCCUGUCUUACUUCCUGUCUUCCAGAUCACUACAGCUGACUGUUGUGUUGACUUUAUCAUGUUUCUGUACUGAUUUUAAAAUAAGAAAAACUGGAUCGAUGGACUGACGGUGGAGAGAGAUGCUCUCCAUCACAUAUCACGAUGACUUUGUAACCCGCUGUACUUUUUCUUUGUGUUUAGGAAAAGAUCUCUGAAUGUAGUUAUGGACUUCAUGGUGACCACUGGCAUUCUGCACUGGUUUUGUGUUUUCAUUGUAAGUGAGAGAAUUUUAUUUUUGUGUACAUUGUUGCUCCGGCAGGUUGGGUACAGGGGAGAGGGUGAUAAAUAAAGAAUGUAAAGAGCAAAACA